AUGGAAGUUGAGAAUGCUAAUAAUGGUAUGAAUGCUGGCGUCACAGAGAGUGUUACACACACACAAGAGGAUAGUAAAGCUCCCAAGGAAAAUGGUAGUAAAAAUGAUAAUGAGGACAAGAAACCAAGAAGGAAGAAGAGAAAGACUUCGAGCUGUGAUGUCUGUAGGAGGUUUAAGACUAGGUGUGAUUUUGAUGUCAUGUAUGGCAAAUGUUAUAGAUGCAAAGUGUUAAACUUAGAAUGUUCUUUAACUAUGGAAAGACAAACUGAGAUCAACAAGACGCAGAAACUCGGAGUUAAUGCCUUACUAAAUAAUGAUGACAGCAAGGACUUGAAGCCCAUGAAUAUUGAUGAGAUUACAAUGAAGGUGAGAGAUAUGGAUUAUAACUAUGGGGUAUUAAAUCACAAACUUGAUUUGAUACUUAAUAUGUUACAAAAGUCGCAUAAUGAAGGAAGACUGCCGUCAGGCAACGACAAGCAAGGCAAACUGGUACCUUUUACCUCAGUGUAUGAUGACAUCAGACCAUCAAAUGAUGGAUAUAGGAUACACGAGCCACCUUUAAAGCUUAUAAAUGAUCUGGAUGCAAGGUUAUUUCCAUUGGAUGCACUUACACAGAAAGCAAAGAUGGAAAGGGAACAACGACCUUCUGCUGUUGCAAGAGUCAAAUUCUUGGAUUUUUAUAAGAAGCAUCAAGAGCUCUGUCACCAAUUAUCAAAAGAAUUUUUAAUGAGAUCGCAUUUCUGGAUUAUCCCUGGAGGAAUUAAAGAGAUCGAUGAGACAUAUGCUAAUAAGCACCUUUUCAUCACAAGUGUGUUUACUAUUAUCGCAAUGAGUUUUGCGGAUAAUGAUAAAUAUGCACAACAGCAAGAAGAAUUAUAUCCGCUUGUGGAAAGAUUACUAACGAAUACACUUACAAUGUUUGAAAAACUUACAGACUAUGAUAUAGAAGCUAUCCUGUAUUGUAGUAUGUUUAAUAUUUCUCGGAAGGCAAAAAGAUACAGGCAACUAAAAUAUAACUCCUUAGUUCUGAGUAAUUUUGCAUUGUAUAGUUUGCUUAAUAUCGUGGACUUUCAUAGAAUUAAGGAAAGGGUAAAUGCUGCAGAAUUUGACAUGAAGGAUUUAUAUCAUCUAAGGAUUCUAAACUCCCUUACCGCAUGCCAUCUGGAGUACUCAAUUAGCUCUGGUCAAAUAUGGGAACAAAAUAGUGCUAUAAAGGAAUUUAAUAAUCUCGUUGUCAAGUUUCCGCAAGCAAAUUUUGCGGAUGAUAUAAAAGUUAGUGAGAUUAAUUUGAAUGUAGUCGUAAAUGCUAUUUUCAUGAACUUCAAAACUUAUUUUCAUCGUUAUCUAUACAAAUACUCAGAUAACUCGACUGUGCAAGAAAAACAGCUUUUAUUAUUCGAUGAGCUUGAAUUGUGGCUGAAGGACUGGGAAGAGCUUUUAGCCAAAGAUGGUGCAGGUGUUCUACUAUUUACCUAUGAUUUCUACCAUAUUAUGAUAUGUCGAAGCUUUAUAACUGACAAUAAAGAUGAGGUGAGUAAAUAUCCAGACUUCCUGGAUAAUGUUCUAUAUACUAUGAAAGAGCAUGCAUUCUCCCUAUUACGAGGCUUUCUACGAUUACCACCGUCACUAAUUAAAGGUGCUCCAAUCUUCACAACAUAUGAAUUAGUUUAUGCGUGCCUUUCGCUCUGUGAUUACAUUCAUUUAUUUGAUCAGCCUGAAAGGCAGCAGGUAUUAAGUACCUGUACUAGGGUGUACUGGCAUUUGAGUACUAUUGGUGAGAAAAUGAACGAAGCAACAGACAACGUUGGAACAAUUAUUAAAUCUAUCAUUGAUACUAGUAAGCAAUCUGUAAGUAAAACUCAGGAUAUGGCUACACAUAAUAAUCACAGUAGCAUGAGGGACUCUAUGGCUUCCUCGGGUAGCAAAUUACAGACUUCGCCAAGGCAGCAUAAUAAUACACUGUCGGAUACUAAGUCUUCAGGAAUGCAACUUCCAGAUGUUGAUCAAUACAAUUCUUUCGAGGAGUUCUUUCAAGGUUUCUUUAAUAAUUUAAAGCCUAGCACUCAACAAAUAUUUGAGUCUAGUAAGCAAACAAAAUAG